AUGCUUAUUCAGCGAAUUGUCUCGACGAUUGGCAUUAUUUCGAGGAGAAAAACUGAGUCAGGAUCUCGAACACUGAUAUCUGAACUUGAAUAUCACAAAGAAGCUGAUAAACUUUUGGAAAAAUUAAAUGAUUACUUAGAUAGCUUUCCUGAUAAAUUCAGUUGUGAUGAUUAUUUUGAUAUCAAUUAUUCGAUGGGAGUUCUUACAGCUAAGAUUAGUUCAUCUAUUGGUGUUUAUAUUAUAAAUAAACAAACUCCAUCUCGACAAAUUUGGUUAUCUUCACCUAUUUCUGGUCCAAAAAGGUUCGAUUUUAUAAAUAGAAAAUGGAUAUAUCCCCGAGAAAACAUCUGCAUAGAUUCGUUGCUGAACCAAGAAUUCAGAAAGAUUUUUAAUACUGAUGAAAUCGAUUUCACGACUGUCGUCUAA